AAUCACUCAGCAGUCAUAUGUUUUCUGAGCUAUUAAAGUCUGCCCAAAAACUAGUGUGAAUCAUUUAUGUAGUUGUACUAUACGCUACACAGCAACCUAAUCCUUACGUAUAGUCAAGUAUCGGAAUAUAUUAUCAGUUUAUAUAGCCCUAUAGAAAUCUCCACUAAACCCUCAAGAUGACUCAGGAUACGGAAGGUCGUUCAGCAAUACCUUCAUACAUUCCGUACAUAAACACUUGAACUAUUUGGAUAUUGGGUCAUUGGGAGCGCUUCAUCUUUACUGUUACGGUACUUUAUGGAGAUAGGCUCACAAAGAUCCCAAACAGCUAGCCACAUUGUAGACCAGAUAAAAAGCCAAGGAUUAUUUGAUAAAAUUAGAAAGCAAUGUCUUGAAGAUGUUGAUGUAAACUCAGACUACCAAGUUCUCCAAAAGAAGGUGAAUUCUUUUGUUUCAUCAUUUCUUCAAAAUCAGUCAUGGAAUCCUGGGAUUGAAAAAUUAAAGUUAAGAGAACAGCUACGGACUCGACUCUUAAGUACCAAGAUGUUGUCUUGUGGGGUUGACAGACUCGUUAACCAGGCACUUAGUGCCAAAAUGCCCAAAAAUUUCAAGAAUCAAGUUCAGAAUAUUGUUUGCGAUUACUUUGACUUGAACCCCGAGUCACUAUUAGCUAGUAGCCUAGGUAACCAAAAUUGUGUCGAACUAAGACCUGCAAUAUACCCUGAAAAUCCAGCUGGACCGUAUCCUACCGAUGCGUAUGAUCGAGCUUAUGGAUCUGUAAUGAGUAAUCCCGUGACCAUCCCCACACCUCAAGGCAUUCAGCCACCGUUUCCAUACCCGUAUCCCUCAGUUCCUGUUCAGCAUUCAGUUAUUCAGGCGAAUGUUCCAUGUCCAAUCAACGCUUAUGUGGGACCAAGUGCAAGUUAUUUGAUUCCACCACCCCCUCCUCCCCCAAGUGUCUUUUGUCAACCACUUGUCCAUUUUAACAACCAGUCAUCAGUUCCACCACAAAACUUUCACACUCCAGCGAAUAACAGUGUUUCCCCUACAGCCACUCAUUCUGAAAUGGAACACGUUCGAACACAACCCCUAGAAGUUACAGUAGAAGAAUCAGUACCGUGCGAUGAUCCUAUGGACAUAGAAUCUUUAAGUUCUAAUAGUCCUGUUGAUGAAUCCUCUGCGUCAUUGUUACAUGAAAAUUCGGAAUUCUGCGGAGAACGUCAUUCAUCUAAAGUCAGCGAGAAAAGUUCAUAUCGGCAACCUAACCAGAUUUCUUGGCAUGAUGUCCAUUUACUGUUGGAUGAUGUUUCUGAAGAUGAAGAAAAAGAUGUGAAUUCGAAGUCACCUACCUCAAUUGGAAACUCGAUUCCAUAUUCAGAUCAUUCCCCAGUUUCAAGGUCACCACAUACAAUUUCUCAGUCCCAUGAUCGGAACCUAUCAGUUCAGAAUACUUUCUCCUGUAAUGUUCAUAAUACAGAUGAUUACAUGCGCUCUACCUCACCUAUCACUUACGAUGAACGCAAACAUCGAAAUAAAUACAUGACAUCUACUCUAGAAUAUAAUCCAGAAAAUUAUGUUUCGAACCUUAAAACUGAAAGUGUAAGAUUAUGUCAUGAACAAAAGUCUGAUUAUAACGAUUCAUACUCAACAAAUACAUCUACUAAUCGUAUGAAUCAUAAUUACACGAAGUAUUCAAGGUCGUCCACUCCACCAUUCGCUACUAGUCAGUUAUGUGAUUCGAACGACUGGUGUACCAAAUCCACGGGAAUGACCUCGCGAAUCGAAAUAUAUCACAGUAGUCAAUCAAUAAGAAGAUCCCAAACUUCGAUUAAAAAUCAACCGGUGUGUAGCCCGACAAGCCACUCUGAACGUCAUCUUUCAGACACACUUAGACAAACACAUUACACGAAAAGUCCGGAUAUUUCUAUGGAUCGCCGUUUAAAAUCAGAUUAUCCAUCGAGCAGUUCUCUGUCCAAUCAGUUCCGUUCAUCACCAGAUUCUAUGGUUCAGACGAAGAUGCGAAGUAAUAAAAGUUAUCCUAACAUUACAUCAUCCUGUGAAUGGACAAGAAACGAAUCACGUUCCCCCGAAGAACAUUCCAGUAGAUCAUCCUCAAUGUUCUCACAAGGUAACUACUCGUUGUCGUCAGUUUCAGAACGUGUGACACCAGAUCCAACAGCAACUUCCCAAUACCCCAAUUCAUCCACUCAUAGAACUUUCGAAACAGAAGCAGUAAAUGCAUAUUUUCCUGACUUCACUUCUGAUCGGUUAACUCGAAAACGCGAAAUCGAAGCCAGAUUGAAAGAGAUUGAGUCAACUGAGCGGAAGCUGCUGAACCGGAAAAAAAUGCAAAGCUACGAGAAAGAAGUACGACAGUCUACAAACCGUGAUGAUGUGGAAUAUGGACCAGAUUAUAGGAAACUCCCAAAGAAAUAUGUGAAGUGAUUCCGGAAAGAAGGAAAAACCACUAACUGAUGAGUUAACAAAUAGUUUUACACGAUUGUUAAUCUCAAAGUUAUAACCCGAAAUUAACUGUGAUUGCAAUGAAGUCAGUGUGCACUAGUUUGAAAUGAUUUAUUUCGAAAGUACAUACGUUGUUUUUGUGUACAGUUUUAUGAUCGCCAACAGUACAUUGAUUUCAUGUAUAGACGAUAAAAAUCCAUUUAUUCGAUUAGAAGCUUUAUUAUUAAUAAAUUAUUCUAAAUUACAUAUGAACAACAAAUCCGUUGUAAAGUAGAAUAAAAGUUAGUGUAUGUAUCACAAAUUGCAAUGUCAUUUAUGCUUCACUUGGC